AUGUUCCGCACAGCUACAGCCGUCAUCGGCAAACACAUUCCGCGCUCCAUCCCAGCAUCCUCCGCUCGCGCCUGGGACUCACGUCUCCCCUACGACCUCACGGUGGAGCGCUUGAAUUUCGACACCACUCGCGCACGAACAGCCGCGUGGGAGCCGUCUCCUCCCCUACUCCCUCUCUACACCAGUACUCGACCACCUCAGACACAACAACACAACGACGCAGACACUGCGCCCCGCAGCCCCUGGGAUCCCUGUGCCACCCGCCCACUCCUCAUGAGCGGCGUCCUCUCCUCGCCCGCCAUGACCCUCCGUACGUCUGCUAUCCUGGGCGAAAUGGACGUCCAUGUUGCCGAGUCGCCCGCCCGCAGCCGGGAACCAGCGCUGAGUAGACCAGCAGACUCCAUGGCUGCCAUCGCGCAGAAGCCGUCGGUCGUUGUGCAUACGCCACAGCCGUGGCCAUACCGCCUGCCCAAGUUCCUGCAGCCGAAGCCCGGCACGACGUACCACGCCAUGUAUGGGAAGGUCGGCGCGGAGGACAAGGAUGCAGAUGCGGAGCCUGUGGGCGUCCUGCAGGCGGUGCUGUAUGGGAUCCCGGAACCGGAUGGGUAUGUGUGGCGGAAGGAGAGGCGGUGGGGGAUGUUGGUGCGGCGGGUGCUGUAUGGAGAGGGAGAGGUGGGUACUGGGGAUGGGAAGGGCGAGGUUAAGGUGGAAGAGGGUGAAGAGGAUAAGGGUGGGGUUGUGGUGGCUAAGUAG